UUCGCGCCUAACUUCGCAACGGUCGCCAAAAUGGCAGAUAAACAAUUUACCCAUUAAUUUUCGAUGAAUUUUACGAAUUGACGCCAAAAUGGGGGACACAGGCGAUGAAUUAAAAAACGUCGAACUCAAAGAGGACAUUUUUAGUGGCAUCAAGUACUACGUAACCGGUGAUGUCCACGAAAAGGUGAUAGAGUUGUUAAAAUGCGGAAAAGCGGAACGUAUGAACUAUUUCUCUGACUAUGUGAACCAUUUGAUUGUUGGGGAUGCACCCGAAGAUACAGAUAUCACAGACGCUAGUGAUGUGUAUGAGAUACCGGCUUUGACCCCUAAAUGGGUUGUAAUAAGUGCCAAGUUGAAAAAAUUGGUUAAUAAAAAAGCUUAUUUGUAUAAUCCCAACAAGAUUUUUGCUGGGAUGACUUUUUGUUUGGAAAAAAUGGGUAGAGAUACAAAUUUACUGUGGGGGAUUAUAACCUAUAAUGGGGGGGUUGUACAGUUUAAUUUGAGUAAUAAAUGUACACAUUUGGUUACUGUGAGUUGUGGUACACGUAAAUACAAUAAAGCUCUAAAUUUGGAUGGUAAAAUAACCAUAAUAACACCGGAUUGGGUUAUGGAGAGUAUUAAGCAAAAAAACCUGGCGGAUGCGAAUUUAUUUCACCCCAAAUUAAUAAAUUGGCCGAAAAUUGUUAAAACUGAGAGUACUACGUCUAUAACAGGCUUCGAACCUGAUGUUGAGGUUAAAAAAGAGGUUAAACAAGAAGACGAUGUUGCCAACUCUACGCAGGCUUUACUGGACAAACUAAAAUCUCGUAUGCCGUGGAAUCAGCCUCCUAGCACCUCAAACAGUGAAACAAUUGGUCCUCCUAACGUUGUAGCGCCUAGUUUUCAACAAAAACAACAACAAUCUCCAAUAAGACCUCAAAGUUUACCUCAAUCGCCUAUAAACUCCAACAUAUCUCCAACUCCACAACAAAUACCGAGAAGUAUUGUCCACCACACGCCCCAGACUUCAGUACCGCAGCAAACUUUCCCACAACAACAACAACCAAUCAACAUACAGAGACUGUUGAGUCCUCAAAAUCAACAAAAUCAAAUGAGACCUUCAAUACAACAACUAAGAGGUCAACUACCGAACCCAAUUCAUCAACAAUUGCUGCAGCAACGCCUAAAUCAACAACAAAACAUUUUAAAUCAACAGCAGCAACAGCCAAAUCAACGCCCGCAAAUGGUCGUAAAUCAACAAUUGCUGCAAAGACAGUUGAUACAAAAUCAACUUCAAAAUCAACCUCAAAAUCAACAACAAUUGCAGCUGCAGCAACUGAAACAACAAAUUCAGCAGCAGAAUCAACAAAACCCGAAUUUCGUGCCGCAAAAUCAACAAUUUGUUCAACAACAACAAAAUCAACAGCAACAACAAAUGUUGAUCAAUCAACCGCAACAGUUGCCAAAUCAACAAACGUUGAUACAAAAUCAACAGCAGCAAUUGCAAAUGCAAAAUCAACAACAGUUGUUGCAGCAGCAACAACAAAAUCAGCAACAACUGUUAAAUCAACAGCAAUUGUUGCUAAAUCAGCAGCAACAGCCGCAAAAUCAACACCAAAUAAUGCAGAAUCAACAGUUGCUGCAAAAUCAACAGCAACAAAUGCUGAGUCAGCAGCAACAACAACAGCAAGGCUUGAUGCAGCAAAAUCAACAAUUGCUGCAGCAAAAUCAACAUCAAGUCAUGCAGAAUCAACAAUUGCUGCAACACAAUCAACCGCAGCAACAACACGUCGUGGUGAAUCAACAACAACAACAACAAUUUCAACAGUCGCCUCAGCAGCAGCAACAGCAAAAUCAACAGUUUGUCGGCAAUCAACAAUUCGUGCAGCAACAAUUGGUGCAAAAGAAUUUGGUUCAGCAACAACAAAGUUUAGAUGACGUGAACGUUGUUAAUCAACAGCAAUUCGUUGUUAAUCAACAACAACAACAAGUGAGAAUGCAGCAGCAACAACAGCAACAAAUCGGUGUACCUCAACAACAACAAAUAAUCAGGCCGCAAUUUCAACCUCAAAACCAACUGCAACAGCAGCAAAUUUUGGUGCAAAAUCAACAACAACAACCUCGAGCGCAUUUUUUCCAGCAACAACCGCAACAACAAGUUAUAAAUCAACCUCAACAAGUUCAACAACAACCUCAAUUGAGGCACCCAAUCAACAUCGUUCAACAGCAACAACAGCAGGGUCAACAACCGCGGCAGUGGUCUCCUACUCAACCUCAACAAAAUAUGCCAGUGAGGCAGUACAUACAGUUGGAUGCUAAUACGCAUAAUCAACUUCAAAAAAUGCCUCCUGAGCAACGCGCGCUGUUUGUUGCUAAACUGCAGAAGGAGAGAAUGAAGCAGGUUCAGCAACAAAGAGGGGGGAGUCAUAUUUUGAUUCGCGGUCAAGUUCCGGCCGGUUUAAAUCAUCAACAGCAGGUUCAGUGGUUGCAGCAACAAGCCAAACAACAGGGGAUCGCUUUGCCGCCCAAUCUGCAGCAACAAAACAUAACCCCCGGCACUCUGACGCCUCAGCAACCGCAACAAAUAACUCAACAACCGCAACAGAUAACUCCCGGGUUGAGUCCGUUGCAACAAACGGUUCUGCAGCAGUUUCAACCGGCGCAAACCGUACAGGUCGAUCAGAACUCGCAGCAGCAGCUUCAAAUACGACAGUACCGGCUGCAGCAGCUUCAGAUACAGCGCGAGCAGGCCCAGAAAGCCCACCUAGCACCCCAGACUCAACCCGCGCAGCAAUUGGUGCGCCCUCUGCCGGGGCAAACCCCCGUAGCGGACUCCACGACCCCCACCCCGGUUCAGAACCUCGCCGAGGCGGGCGUGCAACAUCCCCUGGUGGUCAACGCCAAAACUAAAACCGCCCUAGCCAACAUGCUGAGCAUUAGAUUGCAAAGCGGCGGUACCAACAUAACCCCCCCGGAAAACCUGCCCGAACAAAGCGCUGCCGGAACUUUAAGGUUGAUGACCGCUCAGCAUAACGCAGCUUUGAAUUCGAAUCCGAGGCCGCAGGAGUUGAUGGGGCUCCAGCAACGCCCCAGGGUCAUAAGCGGCCCCAACGGGGAAAUUAUAAGGGCCCCGGGGCCCGUAGCCCCCCCUGUAAACCCGAUAAGCGAGCCCAAUAAAUUGCAGUACGGAUCUAGGCCGCCAGUGCCGGUUCAGCACCGUCCCGGGCCUUUCUACGGGCACAACCCCAACCUAAAACUUCCAGCGAAUUUGUUCUUGUUAGGUUGCAUUUUCGUUGUGGUUGAAAUUGAGCGAUACCUGGACGAUUCUUUACCUGGAUGGCAGCAAAAAAUCGAAAAACACGGAGGCGAAGUGGAAAGACAGUAUUGCAACAGGGUGACGCACGUUCUCUGUGAAACCCAGAGGCACGGUGUGGUAAUGCAGGCUUUACGCGAUUGCAAACGAUGCGUCACAAUUUACUGGCUUUCUGACGUCAUGAAAAGGAGGCAGGUUUUACCGCCCUGGACGGCCCUGCAUCUACCCACGAUUUAUUUGGACACCACCCCAGCCUCAAAGCAUUUAAUUUCAAUCAGUGGAUUCACAGGCGCCGAUAGAAAUAAAAUCAAGCAUAUGAUUAGUUAUACUGGGGCUAAAAUGACUUCGUACUUUUCCAAACACAACACUUUGCUGGUGGCCGCCAAAACGGAAGGACCCAAAUACAGUUACGCGAAAAAGUGCGGUAUUUCGGUUGUUAACGUGCAAUGGUUGACUGACGUUAUGCUGGGGAAUUUUACCGCCCUCUCCCAAAUGGAGCACGUGUUAUAUCAACAAUAUUCGACCCCGCCGAAUUUUAGCUUCGAUCCCAAACACGUGCCAAAUUUAAUGCAUGCGUGGAAAAUGCCCAUUAACAUCUCACAAGAGUCCUAUGAAAGAGUCAAAAGAAGUGCGUCUCCUGUUUUGUUGCCGAAGGCAAAAAAACAAAAAACCGAAAAUACCGAUGAAAAUGACAAUAUCGACGAAAUUGUCAAUAAUUCGGCCAAUGGUGGGUACAGAAUAUUAUUUUCCAUGGCUACCAACACCAAAAGUAUGGAGAGAAUGGUCAGAGAAUUGGGGGCAACUUUGACGAAAAAUCUUCAAGAUUGCACCCAUUUGGUGAUGCCUCAAUUAAGUCGCAGCAUAAAACUGAUGUUUGCCUUAACGAGGGGCGUUCGAAUCGUGCCUGAAAGUUGGUUGAUCGAUUCGCACCGAGAAAAACGUUUCUUGGACGAAAAUUCGUAUAAAUUUGACGCGGAAAGGUUCAAUAAAAUGUUCGAGAUCGAUUUUUAUGGCAGUUUGUUGAAGGAGAACAAAAACAAGCUGUUUGAAGGUUAUAUUUUUUGGAUUACGCCUUCCGUCUCGCCCAGUAAAAAAAUCGUACAGGAGUUGAUAGAAGCGUCAGGAGGUUUUAUCGAGAGAGUUCGUAGAAGCCAAAAUCAAAUAUGUUCGGAGAUGGGUCCAAUCCCCAGUAAAAAUUACGUAAUAAUUACGCAUUCAAAUGACAUUCAUUUAAUUGCGGACCUGCUAAAACUUAAAAAGAACAAAAAUCUGACGAUUUGUAACGCAGAGUUCGUCUUUUUCAACAUUUUAAACCAAAAAAUCGAGUUUGAUAAAUUUUUAGUGAAAGUUCUUUAAAAGCAACAAAACUGACUGAUUUACUUAUAUUUUUGUAUAUUUCUAGAAUUCUUUUUAAGACUCAAUGAUUGUAUGUAUAUUUGAUUUACCCUAUUGUAUUUAAAUAAUUGUGUUUUACAUUUUUUAAGUUUAUUAUGCCCUUUUAAUUUAUAAGAGAUUUAUCGUAUAUUGUUUAAUUUGAAUAAAAUACAUUUUUGUAUUAA